GGUCGGCGCGCGGCUAGGGCCGGCGCAGUCAGCGUUCCUCUCACGCGUAGUGCCUGGGUCCGGGGGAUGCCCCGGGCCGGGCUCCCCUCAUGGCCGCGGACGUCUUCAUGUGCUCUCCACGCCGGCCCGGCAAUCGGGGCCGCCCGGUGCUGCUCAAGCCCCAGGUGCCCGAGGACGACGACGACUCGGACACUGAUGAGCCGUCCCCGCCGCCCGCCUCCGGCGCGACCGCCGCGGCCCGGGCCCACGCGAGCGCCGCCCAGCAUCCGCCCCGGGCCGGGCCGGGCCGCGAGGAGCCUCCGCGCCGGCAGCAGAUCAUCCACAGCGGCCACUUCAUGGUGUCGUCGCCUCACCGCGAGCACCCGCCCAAGAAGGGUUAUGAUUUCGACACAGUCAACAAGCAGACGUGCCAGACCUACAGCUUCGGCAAGACCAGCUCCUGCCACCUGUCCAUCGACGCCUCGCUUACCAAGCUCUUCGAGUGCAUGACUUUGGCCUACAGUGGGAAGUUAGUGUCUCCAAAGUGGAAGAAUUUCAAGGGCCUGAAGCUCCAGUGGAGAGACAAGAUCCGGCUCAACAAUGCCAUCUGGCGGGCAUGGUACAUGCAGUAUCUGGAGAAGCGCAAGAAUCCUGUAUGUCAUUUUGUCACUCCCCUGGAUGGCUCUGUUGACGUGGAUGAGCACCGCCGGCCAGAGGCCAUCACCACAGAAGGGAAAUACUGGAAAAGCCGCAUUGAGAUCGUGAUUAGAGAGUAUCACAAGUGGAGGACUUACUUCAAGAAAAGGCUACAGCAGCACAAGGAUGAGGACCUCUCCAGCCUGGCCCAGGAUGAUGACAUGCUAUACUGGCACAAGCACAGGGAUGGGUGGAAGACCCCAGUCCCCAUGGAGGAGGACCCCCUGCUGGACACAGACAUGCUUAUGUCAGAAUUUAGCGAUACCCUCUUCUCCACACUCUCUUCGCACCAGCCUGUGGCCUGGCCCAACCCCCGGGAAAUAGCACAUCUGGGAAAUGCAGACAUGAUUCAACCAGGACUGAUUCCUCUACAGCCCAACCUGGACUUCAUGGACACUUUCGAGCCUUUCCAGGACCUCUUCUCUUCCAGUCGCUCCAUUUUUAACUCCUUGCUGCCUGCACCUGCCUCAGCAUCUGCACCAGAUCCCAACAGCACACCUGCACAGGAGAGCAUCCUGCCAACCACCACUCUCCCCACUGGAAGCCUCCCUGACAACCUCAUCGUGCCCCCCACUGCCCCCUCCCUGGAUCCCACCGAUGGGCAGGGCUGUGAACGUGUUUCCCGAACUGGGGACCCCUUUAUCCAGCCUUCAGACUUUGGCCCCUCAGAGCCAUCCCUGAGCAUCCCGCAGUCUUUCCUCCCGGUCUUUACUGUGCCGUUGCUGUCCCCUAGUCCUGCCCCAGCACCUAUGUCCCCAGCACUGCCAUUGGUUCCUCCUGCCACGGCCCUGAACCCCCCAGCUCCAUCUGCCUUCCUUCAACCACAGAAGUCUGCUGGAGUCAGCAAGUCGCCCUCCGUCAUCACCCACACAGCCUCUGCCACCCUUACCCAUGAUGCCUCUGCCACCUUUAGCCAGAGUCAGGGCCUCCUGAUCACAACCCAUCACCCUGCCCCAUCCACAGCCCCCUGUAGUCUGGCACUGUCUCCUAUCACCCAGUCUCCAGCUGUUGGGCCUCCCCAGCCUCGGUUAACUUUUGUGCCUCCCAAACCUGUGUCCAUGACUGGAGGGAGGCCCAAGCAGCCCCCCAAAAUAGUGCCUGCUCCCAAACCAGAGCCUGUGUCCCUGGUGUUGAAGAACGCUUGCCUCGCCCCAGCUGCCUUUUCAGGCCAACCACAAGCAGUGAUCAUGACAUCAGGCCAUCUGAAGAGAGAAGGGAUGUUGGCUUCUACUGUGUCCCAGUCUAAUGUGGUCAUCGCACCUGCUGCCAUUGCCAGGGCUCCUGGAGUGACAGAGUUCCAUAGCAGCAUCCUGGUAACAGACCUCAGCCACAGCACGAGCAGCCAGCCUGGCCCCGUCUCCCGGCUCUUCUCUCCAGGCACAAUCCAAGACUCCCUGGUGAAGGGCGAGCAGGUCUCGCUGCCCGGGGGCAGUCCCCAGGUCCCUGUCACAGGGCCCAGUCGAGAUGGCUCCAACUCAGGGCAGGCUUCUCCAUGUGCGUUGGAACAAAGCCCCAGUCCUCAGUCUCCCCAGAACAACUGCUCAGGGAAAUCUGCAGACCCCAAAAAUAUGGCUGCAUUAAAGAACCGGCAGAUGAAGCACAUUUCAGCCGAACAGAAAAGGCGGUUUAACAUCAAGAUGGGCUUCGACACCCUGAACAGUUUGAUCUCCAACAGUUCCAAGCUGACGAGCCAUGCCAUCACGCUGCAGAAGACAGUGGAGUACAUCACCAAGCUGCAGCAGGAGAGGAGCCAGAUGCAGGAGGAGGCGCGGCGGCUGCGGGACGAGAUUGAGGAGCUCAACGCCACCAUUAUCUCCUGCCAGCAGCUGCUCCCUGCCACAGGAGUCCCUGUCACCCGGCGCCAGUUUGAUCACAUGAGAGACAUGUUUGAUGAAUAUGUGAAAAGCCGGACCCUGCAGAAUUGGAAGUUCUGGAUUUUCAGCAUUAUCAUUAAGCCGCUGUUCGAGUCAUUCAGGGGGAUGGUGUCCAGCAGCAGCCUGGAGGAGCUACACCAGACAGCAUUGUCGUGGCUGGAGCAGCACUGCUCGCUACCUGUCCUCAGGCCAAUGGUGCUGAAUACCCUCCGGCAGCUGAGCACCACCACCUCCAUCCUGACAGACCCAUCCCAGCUGCCGGAGCAGGCGUCAGAGGCUGUCACCAGAAUCGGCAAGAGGUCGGGAGAGUCAUAAGUGUUUAGCUGGCAUAUGGCCACAUGAGAUGUCAUGGAGACCCUUCCCACCCAUGGAGAGGAUGCUGCGCCCCCAGCUCUCCUGACACUCAGCCUCAGGGCCUCCCUUCACCUCUGCCAGCCCGUGUGCUAGGCAGGACGCCAUGCUCAGGUCUGAAGCAGGUUCAGGGCCUGCCAACAGCAAUAGCCCAUCUUUGGGAACCCCCUGCUGUGAACUCUCUCAGUGUGACCUCAGUCACCAACCUCCCCUGCCCUUGGGCAGCCUAGACAAAAGGGAAAUGCCAGCUGUGCUAGUCCUGUCCUGCUGGUGGCUUGUCAGGGUCCAGUGCUAGUGAGUGGAGUUGAUGGGUUGAAGGAGACAAAGCCUUAUUGACUUGUCCCUCUGUCCUGUCUCAUCCUCUAUUCCUCUGGCAAGUGCCCUGUGCAGCUCUGCAGCCUGCCCAGGGGCAGUUGGACGGUAUCUUUCUUUCUUCCCACCAGUCUGGUGGCUCCUGGGCCUUUUGAGUGAUUUGGACUUCUGUUCCAGCUUAACAUGCACUCAGCUACUGGGGGAAGUGCCUUCAGAGACCCCCCAGGACACGUGCACGGGAUGAGGACGGAAGCCCAUGUGCAUAGCUGCUGCUCCAGCUCAAAAGCCUCCCAGGCUGUGCUUCGUCUCCUGUCAUAGUUCUACCUGGUAUUGCAAGAACCACAGGGAUGUGCCUAGGGCUUUCUUGGGUGUCACCUCGCCAUUAUUCUCCACUUGCUUCCAAGCUGCAGCUCAGACAAGUCAAGUGUGUGCAGGGGGCAAAUGUAUAACCUUGCAGUUCUAAGUUCAAAGGUCAGACUCCAUGUGCCAGUCUCUUAGCCUCUUCAUCUUGUCACCAGGACACUUCUCAGACCAAAGAUGCCACCACACUCAAAGUCUGUCCAUCUUGUGUUUGGAGGAAGAAACUGAAUGUUGACAGGCAGAACUCAGGGUUGGCCUGGCCAUCCUGAGGAGCAGCAGGAGGGCCGACUGCACAGUGCUUGCCCUCGUCUCUGGCUGCCUCUGCAUGCUGCUGCAGGGGGCAGGGGCUCUCUCCAACACUCAGGAAACCCAGCCAAGGGUACCUCCUUAUGGAAGAAUAUGUGUUAAAGGCUUGCUGUGAAGUUAGAGCAGCCAGCAGGCUCUCCACUUGACCUCUGUCCUCCUUGCCUCUUCCCCUACACUCCCUGCCUGCAGGGCCUGGGGAGGGCUUUGGAGUAAGCCUAGUCACCAUGGGGUGGGGGGUUCAGAGGGGUAGCCAGGUCUGUCUCAGCCCCAGUUCAUGGAAGACAGAGAUGGGGAUCUUCCUGCCACUGGCUGUGCCACUGCCUCUGCUGUAGGUCACUGACCAGCCACUUGCUCUCUUACCUGUGCUUCAGCCCCAUACUAGAGCAGCUUGGUGGCACCCUUAGCCACCCAGAAAACGUUUACAGGCCUUCCAGAUCCCAAGACAAGGCUGGGCUGGUCCUUGGAAUUUCCACUGGGAAAUGGUGAUAGCAUCCAUCCAUUACCCCCAGGACAAAUAUGAAGUCACCUUUUUAAAGGCAAAGGUCACUAGUGGUAAGAAUUCCACUAAGGUCAGAAGGAAAAAAAAAACUGAAAGUUUUAGCUGUGAGGAUCUCAUGGAGGGUUGUGAGCCCAGUCCUGCCCGAUUCCUGUGCCUUUGUAAAACAAAACAUACACGUGGCCAUGGUGGUUGGCCAAGCGAGCCAAGAUCUCUCCUAAAUCAAUAGCUUUUUCCUCCCUGCUGGGGAGUAAUUUUUUUUUUUUUCUUCUUGA